GAGAAGCUCAACUCGGCCGGCAGAGGGAGGUGCCGGGCGGCGGGCGACAUGUUCCAGGAGCUGGAGAGCGAAGGCGGCCGGGGCGACUCCAGGGCCAUGAAACCUCCAGGAGGAGACUCGAGCAACCUUUUUGGAAGCCCAGAAGAAGCUGUUCCUACCAGCAGACCCAAUAGGAUGGCAUCUAAUAUCUUUGGACCAACUGAAGAACCUCAGAACAUACCGAAGAGGACAAACCCCCCAGGCGGGAAAGGAAGUGGCAUCUUUGACGAGUUGACACCUGUGCACACCCGGCAGCGUCAGAACCCGCCUGGUGGGAAGACCAGUGACAUUUUCGGGUCCCCGCUUGCUUCCACUUCACCCUUGGCACACCCGAACAAGCCCAAGGACCAUGUUUUGUUACGUGAAGGAGAAGAUCCAAAACCAGACCUUCCAGCCAUGGCGAGCACCCUCUCAAGAGAGGGGCCGAGUGAGAAGGGCGGCACGAGAGGCACGGACCCCGCCAUGGAGCCAGAGCCCACAACCAAGGUGGACAGCCACGAGCCCCGGUUGGGGCCAAGGCCACGCUCCCACAACAAAGUCCUGAAUCCCCCUGGAGGCAAGUCCAGCAUCUCCUUCUACUAAGAGAGUCCGGGACUUCCAGUAGCCACACGGAAACUCAAGAGAGACGAUAUACUGUACUGUAGUUCCCUUUAGCCCAGAAGAGCGGGGGUGGGAGAGGGUUUGUCACAUGUUUGAAGCUGGCUGUGCAGGGGCUCCACUGCCCAGGAGAUGUGCAUCUGUAAUUCCAGAUAUGGGAGGAGUUCCAGGGUGGGGAGGGUGCGGGCAGCUCUGAGACCUGAGUCAACAGGAUCCUCCAUGUCCUUGGAGCCUCAGCGUGUGGGCUUAGUGGGCACCUGGGAGUGACUAAAACAGAAGCAGAGUUUACAGCAGUGGAAAGAAGACCAAAAACUGCCCAUUCGUUACAGCGAGAACAAGACCAAGACCUAAGCAGAAACACCAACACGGAUGGGGGGGUUCUUUGCAUAAAUCGCCCCCCCUUUAGAUCUUGACGCCAGUCACCCUUCGCGGAAACAGUUCUGUUCCAGAGCGUACCGCUGCUGCACCCAAGAGUCCCCUUCACUUUCACCCCAGCCUCUGGUUCUGCGUUCUUCUCUUGAAACGUCUGGAUUACAUCUCCUUGGCAGCUUUCAACCAAAACCAGAAGGGUGCGUUUGAAGUAUUUUCUGCAAGUGUUCUGCUAGCGAGGUUCCCCUUUCCUCUUGUUCUCAGUCUUAGACUUUAUAAGAGAUAUCUUACCCUGAUCCUUGAAGGUGCCCUGUUUCUGCCAUCUCAAACUCGGCCCCAUCUUAUGUAGGAAUCUCUGCCUUUCCUUCAUGAAGGAGUGGUUUUGGUCUUCACAUGCCGGUUUUGCUUGCAAAUCGCUCCAUUUUUCUCUCGCCAGCCUUAAGUCUGGGCCUUUGCUCUUCACUGUUGAUGUGGACAGUUUCCGCCAUGAUCUACAGUUCUUUCUAGAUAGGAAGCCCCAACCUCUGAAGGCCUUUUCAGUCUGUUCACGUAUGUCUGGGUAUUGGGCUUGUUUACGUUGUUCAUAUAUCUUAACCUUAGGUGUGUAAUCGGUUAGUAGGAAAAAGAUGUUUGAGAACCAAGGGUUCUUGGGUUUGAAUUCUUUAAUAAUGCCUAAAGAGCUAUUUUUAAACACCAGCUUCCCAUCAGUGACUAUUGAUUCUGAUCUGUUCCUGACACCUUUCCAGAAAAAAGUCAGUUACUCAGGUACACUGAAGAAGAAGGCAAGUUGCAGAACUCUGGGUGGUAUUUACAAACAACCUUCUGGAAGAGACUGGGAUCCAGUAAUUCAGCAACAAAGUUGCAACUGGCCAAGUCUGUGGUAUCUGCCUGCAAAGAUAAUGGGCUGGCAAGAAUUGUAUCGCCUUAAACUUCAGGCAGCCCUGUCUCCCAGGUGGCCUAUGAUUGAAUCCCUACCUCCUUCAUGUUGGACCAUCUUAAGGGGAGAAGGCUCCUGUGGGGGUUGCCAUUGGUGUGAGCACCCACAAGGCCAAUGUGAAGAGCUAGAAACACGACUCUCUGUUAAAGCUAGUAAAGCACCCACUGUACUUGGUGCCCUCCCCAGGCCAGCUACCCAGGUGCCUGCAGGAGAUCCCCACCAAGCCCCUUCCUGUCCAGCAGGCAGAGGAGCCACACAUGGCACUGCCAACCAAAGAUUGUUCUUCGCCUUUGGAGCCAGGACACACUUGUUCGCAUAAAAUUGGUCACCUGUCUCCAGCCUUCACAUCAUUUCAGAGUUGUUAAAAGAAGUUAUUUGGAAUCCAGAGCAGUUUUUUCCCUGUUAAAAAGCAAUGUCAUAAAUGAUGGUUAGCUUUUAAGCCCAAGUGCUUUGACUUUUUUAACUUAUAAUGUGAAUGAAAUAUUCUAAUGAUAGAAAACUACCAUUUAUAGCAGUGUUUUUUGUUUUUUUUUUUUUAUGAAAAAAAAAAAAGAUUUGUAAAUUCCAAAUGGGAUGGCCAAGAAGCCUAAUGUCAUAGCUUGGCACUCGUGACUCUCCUCCUCAUCUCUGCUGCCAGCCCACUGGAGGAAAGCUCUUCUGGUCUUUUGCCACUGUCAAGGAGUUCUGUGGCAGCAAUGAGGGAAACCAGGAUAGGAAGGGAGGCUUUGGGGAAUGAGGAAAACAUGAGCUCUAGCAAGAGCCCCUGGACUGCAGUUUCAGGUAACAGCUUCCCGCCUGCCUUUUCUCCCCAUCUUCCCAGUCUUCCCUCAUGAGGCAGUGGGAGUGGGUGUGGAGUACCUGGGUGGUCUGUCCCCAGGGAGACAGAACCCCCCUGGGGGUCAUUUGUGCCUAGAUGAUGUUCUGUGCAUUGGGAACUUGCCUGUAUUGGAUUCAGAAACUGUUGUGUUCUCAACCUCUAAGCUGCACUGAGAAAUUACUAGUCUGUGUUUUUCUUAAGCCUUAAGAUAUUAAGUGGAUUAGGUGCCAGCAUUUUUCUAGAGCUGUAUCAAAACACACACCUGUACUCACAUUUCCAUGUAAUUUUGAUAGGAACAUUUUGUUAACUUUUACAAGGCAGAUUGGAUAUAACAGGUGAAUUAAACUUAGCAAUCAUAUA